CGUGCGGCGGCGGUUUGAAUCGCGGCGGGCUGGCGUUCGCUGGCAGCUGGGGGGAUGGCGGUGCUGCGGCCCUUCGACAAGCUCCCGGAGCUGAACACCGCCACCAUCCUGCUGGUGGGUUCGGACGAAAGCCUCCAGGGCAAGCUGGCGGAGGCGAUGCUCCGAGAGAAGAACGACUUCAGGAUCAAUAUUCACCUUGCUGCAUCCCUCCCCUUGCCUUCAGAGAGGGAUCACCUUCGGCCCAGGAUAGAUCUGAUUGUGUUUAUGUUUGACAUCAAGAGCAAAUACAGCUUGAGGAACAUUGAAGCUUCCCUGGCUUAUGUGGAUGCCCGCUUCUUCUUGGGGAAAGUGUGCUUUCUUGUCACUGGGGGUAUGUAUGGCAUCAGCCUUCUUCCUCCUCUCUGAGCAGGACAGCUCACUGUUGCUUCCCUUUAAAAU